AUUAAGUCUAUGGUCCAUCCAUGAAGAACGUGAAGAACAAAAACUGCGAAUGAAAAGUGAUUUUGUUCGGGCGGAAAAAUUGAUAUCCUUUCAUGUGAUUUAGAUUUUGUGAAUUUGUGUUUAUGCAAAAUUCAUUGUAGACUGUGUUUAUAUAGUAUUUUUGGAGCAAAGUUCCCAAAAAAACGUACCGCUUGGUAGUAAUAUGAGUAAUGUUACCAACCAAAAUGGAACAGGUCUAGAGCAGCAGCUUGCUGGUCUGGACUUGCAGCCUCAGGCUCCUAAGAGUACUGGCCGCUACAUACCUCCGCAUCUGCGUAGGCAGUUGGAGUCAAAAGGUGAAGAACCUAAGCGUACAAGCUUAGAUUCUCAUUCUAGCGACGCACGGGAUAACCGUUCAUCAUUAGGAGGCAACUCUAGAGGCUACGACCGUGGUGGUCGGCGCGACGACCGCGACCGUGACCGCGACCGUGACUACGAUCGCGGCUACGAUUCGCGAUACCCGCGCAGAGACCGCGGUCGUGAUACCGGAUAUCAGAAUGGCGACGCGGAGCAGCGGUGGCCGGAGCCGGAGCGCUGGAGUGGCGGCGGCGGUGGCGGCGCUGCGGCGGGAGGCGGCGCGGGCGGCGGCGCAGGCGCAGGCGGGGGCGGGAGCGCAGGCGUUCGCGGACCGAUGCCCUCACGCGACAUACGGCGCGACGAGGACUACAACGAGCCUCCGCCGCCGCGCAACGACCGCUGGAAGGAGCCGGAGCCGCGCGCCGACGACCGCCCACAGUCGCGCUGGGCGUCCGACGACGUGCGACGCACCUCGUCUCGCCGGGACGAGAACGACUGGACAGUCCCGCUACCUCGCGACGAGCGGACGGAGUUGGAGCUGUUUGGCACUGGCAACACAGGCAUCAACUUCUCCAAAUACGAGGAUAUACCGGUUGAGGCCAGCGGCGAAAACGUACCGGACUACAUUACUAGCUUUGAGGAUGUUAACCUGACGGAAAUAAUGCGCUCGAAUAUAACGUCCGCCCGCUACGACAAGCCGACACCGGUGCAGAAGUACGCGAUCCCGAUAGUGUUAGGCCGGAGAGACGUCAUGGCGUGCGCGCAGACCGGCUCGGGCAAGACGGCCGCCUUCCUCGUGCCCAUACUCAACCAGAUGUACGAAGCGGGGCCCGUUAAGCAGCCUUUCAACAGACGCAAACAGUAUCCGCUCGGCUUAGUGCUGGCGCCAACCCGCGAGCUGGCCACGCAGAUAUUCGACGAGGCUAGGAAGUUUGCCUACCGCUCGCGCGUGCGACCGUGCGUCGUAUACGGCGGUUCCCCAAUCCUAGACCAGUUCCGCGAACUGGAACGCGGCUGCCACCUGCUCGUGGCCACGCCGGGGCGACUCGUGGACAUGCUGGCUCGCGGCCGAGUGGCGCUGGACCAUUGCCGCCAUCUUGUUUUGGACGAGGCCGACAGAAUGUUGGACAUGGGCUUCGAGCCCCAGAUCCGCAAGAUCGUGGAGUGCCACACGAUGCCCAAGACCGGGGAACGACAGACGCUCAUGUUCUCGGCGACCUUCCCCAAACAGAUACAAGUCCUCGCUCAGGACUUUCUGUACAAUUAUGUUUUCCUCGCCGUUGGACGCGUUGGAUCCACUUCUGAGAAUAUCACCCAAAAGGUGGUAUGGGUAGAAGAACAAGACAAACGAUCCUUUUUAUUGGAUCUGUUAAACGCGUCGAACCUGCUGCAACGUUCGAAAACUGAAGAAGACGACCAGCUCACGCUCGUCUUUGUAGAAACUAAGAAAGGUGCAGAUCAGCUGGAGGAGUUCCUGGACGCGGACGGGUACCCGGUGACGUCGAUCCACGGCGACCGCUCGCAGCGCGAGCGCGAGGAGGCGCUGCGGCGCUUCCGUACCGGACAGACGCCCAUUCUGGUCGCCACGGCUGUUGCCGCUAGAGGCUUGGAUAUACCCCACGUGCGUCACGUGAUAAACUUUGACUUGCCGUCGGACGUGGAGGAGUACGUGCACCGCAUCGGUCGUACCGGCCGCAUGGGCAACCUCGGCGUCGCCACGUCCUUCUUCAACGACUCCAACCGCGGCUUGGCAAGGGACCUCGUGGAGCUACUCGUUGAAGCCAAACAGGAUGUUCCCAAUUGGCUAACUAGCGCGGCUGUCGACGGCCGCUCCGGAGGCGGCGGUAGACGCGCAGGCGGUCGCUCCGGCGGUGGCGGUGGCGGGGGCGGCGGUCGCUUCGCCUCCAGCGCCAGCGGCUUCGGCGCGCGGGACUUCCGUACGCAGUCGCGACAGGCGCCGAGGUCUGCCGGCCCGUCUACCAUCGGAGGAGGCUUCGGAUACGGCGGCGGUUCGUACGGCGGCAACUACGGCAAUUCGUACGGAGGCGGCGGCGGCGGCGGCGGUGGCGGAGGCACGGACUGGUGGGGCGACUCCUAAGCGCCACCCGCCCGCCGCGCCGCCCUACCCUGGACGAACAACUAACACGUGUCGUCGCAAUGCUACGUCUCACGCAAGGGUUAUACACUACACAUUACACAAGACAUUGGCACCCUAUAGUUGAGCCAUUAAAAACAUGUGAACUGAGUCGUAAAUCAUUUUGAUCGGUCCUCUCGCUCGCUCUUACAGGUCCUAUAGAACUGGAACCUAAUUCUCUGGUGUUGUGUAGUACUAACACUAAAAAAGGAUUUGUGGUUUAUCAACAACCGAUGACAGGUUUUAAAGAGCGAGGGAAAAUGAUACAAAAUUAACCACCCUAUAAUCCCUCGUAUCCCUUAAUCGAUAACGACUUCUGCAGCAUUCUCAAUCCUAUGAUCAUAUUGACCUUGUGACUCAGUUCGCACGUUUGAAAUAGUUCAACUAUAAUCAAAACCUAUUCUGCUAAUGGUGAUAGUGCUGCUGUACACAAUCUCUGUAGACGGAAGUUAAUAAUAUCUUAAUAGGAUCCAUCUGUUGAUAAGUUACUUAGCAACGUUUUUUACACCUACAUACUUUUUUUUGUGGACCCUAAGGCCUAGGAGAUAAUUUGUAUCCUAUACUGAUGAUAAUAAUUUUUGUGUCCAAAUCCCAUCUAAACUAGUUAAUGUCAGUUCAAUACACUUUAGUCACUACACACUACAAUUUAGUCGAAUACAUGAUACCUACAUUGUUACCGACGCCUAACUUACUGUAUUCAUAAAUAUUUGACUUUGUUAUUUGUAACAAUGUAUUGGGUUUUCACAAAUAAAGUUGCUAAAGUUACAUAUCAAUUGAUUU